UGACACACAACAACAGAGCCUCUCCUGCAGAGCACAGACACAGUAACGCUUCGGAAUUCUGCAUCUUACACCAUACAUCUGCGGGUCGUUUCUCAACAUGUAACCCAUUUGCGAGACACUGACGAGACAGCAUGCUUCGCCGGACCUCAGCCCUGUGCUUCUGGUGUCUUCUUCUUCUGGUUCACGAGCAGGCGUCAGCCGAUGAAGAGGGGCUCUGGGGACCCAAGUCUUCCAGGGAAGAAUCGCCCCAAAGGAAGUCCAGCUCUUACUGGUGGACCCCGAGCCUGCCGAAGCUCCCGUCCUUUCCUUCAUUGCCAUUCCGUCUGCCUUUUUAUCCUGCUGGGGAUAAAAGCGAGGCCGCGGAAUUAAACCUCACCGGCCAAAAGCUGUCAGACUCAAUCGAUCAAUCCGGGUCUGGAGAUGGGAUCAUAUCUGAAGUCUCUGCACUUCCCACCGGUUCCACUCAGGAGUUCCUAAGCAGCGUGACUGAGAUGAAGACGGAAAGUCUUCCUGCAGGAACAUUGCAUUUUCCACACAGCAAAAGUGACAAUGGCACUCUUGUUGCAACCUCUGCUACACAUAUCAGAAAUACUCAGAGUCCCACCAGCUCAGGCACGCCGGAACAAAACGGGCCACAGAGCCAUCCACCGUAUAACACGACACGAGCAUUAACAGCGCACCACCUCCCAGACGACAACAAUGAGUUUUUACAAACGAUCUCCGCAACGAUGGCAGCAGAAAUCGCAUUUCCUACCGACAAGACACCAACAAACCCGAAAAUUGGAAUCACGCUGACACCACCAUUGACUCCCGGUGAGACCGCUUCAGUGAAAGCACAAGACUCGUCAGAAAAUCAAACCACUCAGAGCACCGGUUCGGCAGUGAUCACCACCACUGCCGCCGACGGAAAGGUUACUGCCCCAAUAGCAGAAGCUAAGGCAGAUGAGGAAGGCGCGGCCCCUGAUGGCUACACGACGGAUGUUUCAGUGCCGUUAACAACGUCCCUGCCAGGAGAAACAGGGAUUACAGCUGAAAGUUCACAAAACUUUCAAACAGAGGACUGGAUGUCAAACCUGUUGCGCGGCACCGUUACGUUCCUUCCAGACUGCAAUAAAGAACGCUCCGGGGCCUGCAACUUCUCAGACAACUGGGAAUCCAUGACAUCAUCGGACAUGAAAACAGCACAAAACAACACAAGUACAAACCAAUCGAACAGCCCGUCGGCAUUCCCGUCUCCUCUCAUGUUGGUUCCGCUGUACACAGACUGGAACAGCGCCAUGGCGGCCUGGGGCCUGGCCUGGGAGGCGCACGUUUACGGUGCCGGUUGCAUUUUUGCAACGCUAACGCUGGCCUCCACGCUCAACCUUCUCUGCUUGCCUCUGCGCUGUCCAUCUGGUUGUGGCUAUUUUGCUCUCGUCAGCCUGUUUCUACUGGCCGCCGGGGGUAGCAGAUCUUUCUCGCUCCUAUACGACGCAUACGGCCAUCAGGGCCGCUUGCCCUCCGGCGAGGCCUCGCUGAUGCUCUACGAGGCACCGUUUCCUUGUCUGACAGCUGCGUUCGGCUUGGUUUUCCUUCUGCUUUCCAUGCGCUCCAGGAUGCAGCUCUCCUACUCGGCCUUCCAAAGACCCUGCUUCCUGGCCUGUGUGGUCAUCCUCCACUUCACUGCUGCCUUCGGUCCGGGGACCCUGUUCAAGUUCUACCAGCAGAAACCUCCGCUUUGCCUAUUUCUGUCACUCAUCUCCCGUGGAGCCUUUGUAGCCCUCGCCACCUUCCUGUCUGCUGCCUAUUUUGUGUUCUACGUCUACGUGCGAGCAGACGCCAAGCACAUCUACCACCUCAACAACACAUCUCCAACCCCCGCCGAGCGAUACAACCGCUGCCCCUUCGCCGAGAGCCGCGAUUGGGAUCGUGCAGCCGUAACGGUUUGUCUUUCCGCGCUGUUUUGUUUAGCCUGCGCGGGGCUGCAGCUGUACGCAAUGCUCAAUGCGACGGGUGUCACCGGGGGAGAAGACGUCUUCCGUCCGUGGUGCUGGUGGGCUUUUCACUUCAGUUGCAGACUGUGCGAACUAGGAGUUUGCCUCACCUUGGCGCUGGUCGUGGCACAACCAGUAUACUGCUCUAACCAGCUACCUUCAGCUGGAAGCUGUUGGACAGAACUGCUGGCAUCUAAAGCGCCCAUCCUGCCAGGGAGCUGCCAGUGGAGCUUAGGCCAGCAGGAGAAGCUCGCUAUUGUGGACACAGUAGGCCUUGGCGAGACAGAGAGUCUUCCUCUCUACACACUCAUGGACGAGAGGCUGUCUAGCAGUCUGAACGGGCUAGACUUCCUGUACCACAGCAACCGGGCGCUGGCCUAUCGAGAUCUUGACGUAAAUCCGGACACGAAGGGCUCCCAGAAACCUGGAAAUGGAGGCGGUGGGGAGCCGUCAGGUGGAUCCUCCUUUACAAGCGAUUCCACCACAGACCUGCGGCCACCGUCGCCCAUCAACUUGCGUCGCAGCAUCGACGAGGCCCUCUUCAGCGAGGCUCUUUUUCCGAUGAGCCUCUUCAGCACUACCAGGCCAACGCAGAGCAGCGAAUUAUCCGCACAUGACCACUGUGCACUUCCAAACCCCUGUGAUCCACACUCAAGUGACCCUGGCCAUUUCCCAAUCUCCUCUUGUGCAGACAUAAGUUCAAACGCAGGGGAGAUUAUAGUCGGGGCUCCUUCACCUCCAUCCCUGUCCUCUUCCAGCUGCUCAUCUCCCGAGCGCUGGAGGGGAAGCUCCUCGUCCAGCUCCCCGUACCGGGCCUCCAUCGGGGACUCGUCGCUGGAACUCUGCCCGAGUCCAGAAGUACAAGCUCGGCAGCAGAGUGACCCACAGAGGGACUACCAAACACUGGGAGCCGCCUCACAGGAGAGCUUGGACCUGGACAUGUCGUCAGAGGCUGACCGAUCGGUGCAGGAGGAGUUCGUGAGUGCUUGCAGACAAAUCGAUGCGCUCAGCAUAUGCAGCGAGACCAUCGAUUUGUAAUGGACAACAUUUGCAUGGUAGUCUAAGGCUUCCAAACAAUACGGUUGGUAGGAGCAUCCUUAAGUGGUCAUUAGAGAAUGUCUGUGCGGGUUUAAGUGCCAAAAAUGUCCAGAGACAACGGGCAGUUGGUAAGUUUUACACUUUUUCUACCGAGUAAGUAAAUAUUCUGUGAAGACUAACAGUUAAAAUAACAAAUGUCUAACCCAAUGGGGGAUACAGCAGGUCGUGUUUGACUGCAUUUGUGUAUUAGCACUUACAACAUACUACUGAUGUUCAAUUAAAUUUGAGCACAACCUUCAGAGGAUAAAAGUAAGCAGCGCCCUCUGCUGGCCACUCUCCUGAAACGUUUUGACAUGGACUGCAACCCUCUGCUUACAAAUUUAUAUACACGAAAU